AUGGAGCAAUUACAGAAACUCGUCCUCAAUCCUCUCCAGCCUGUUAUCCUUCCUAUCACCACGAAUCUUCCGGCGCCCGCCCAGAAUGCUCUCUCGACCCUUUUAGGCGCAACCUGCCAUAGAACCCUUGUCCUCAACCUCGAUGUCCUCACCCACCCAGAAUGCCUCUCGCUAGCCAUCUCGAAAGCGCUCGGAAUCGCGAUCAUCACCGCCGCCUCGGUAGUCAAGAUCCCACAGAUCAUCAAACUCGCGCGCUCGCAGUCCGCUGAAGGACUUUCGUUCCCCAGCUACGUCCUUGAGACCGCAAGUUUCCUGAUCAAUCUAGCGUACAACGUGCGCAGCGGCUUUCCGUUCAGCACGUAUGGCGAGGUGUCGCUGAUUCUUGUGCAAGAUGUCAUUAUCAGCGUGUUGAUCCUGUGGUACUCGGGCAAAGCUACUCAGGCGGGCGCGUUUGUGGCUGCAGUGGGAAGCGCGGUGUAUGCGCUGCUGGGGACCGACAUUGUCAGUCAGAGCCAGAUGACCAGUCUGCAGGCCGGUGGAGGAUUGCUGAGCAUCGCAAGCAAGCUGCCGCAAAUCUACACUGUGUGGCAGCAAGGCGGUACUGGUCAGCUAUCGGCAUUCGCGGUCUUCAACUAUCUAGCUGGGAGUCUGAGCCGAAUCUUCACUACGCUGCAGGAGGUGGACGAUAAGUUGAUUUUGUAUGGCUUCAUUGCGGGCUUCACGCUGAAUGCUGUGUUGGCGGCGCAGAUGGUGUACUACUGGAAUAGUCCUACUACAGCUGGACAUGGCAAGGAGGUUGGAGUCAAGAAGCAGGCUGUCCUUCAAAAGGGGACCGCAGGGAUGGCUACGGAGGAGAAAAUCAAAGGUCUGGGCACUGCAACAGGCUCGUCGCCUGCUCGGCCUACCAGCGGAAGAAGACGUGGUUGA